ACAAACAAAUCGCUUACGCGGUUCCACCAUCAAUGCCCACACAACCGUGUAACCAGAAGGAAGGUGCCGUCAACCGUCUAACUCUACACGACUAACGCAACAACAACAACAGCAGCAAUAACUAUAAGAAACGGCAGGGUUGACUCGCUUUUUAUGUUGGCUUUUUAUUCGCAUGUGCUACAGUUACAACCACGUCCGUGCGCUCGGUGGCAGUGGUAGUAGUAGUGGCAGCAAGAGCUCAGACCGAUAUACAUUCCGGACAACCGCAAAAUUCAUUUCGUGUCGUUCGCUCGAGUGCCGCACACGAAACGUCUAAAGAAGCCCGUAUCGGCGGUAUUUGUUUUUAAAACGCGGUCGGUCUGAAAGAAGUGACAAGCCGACAUCCAAUGCAAUUACAUAUUCGUUAAAAGUGCAAGGUCAGAAGCGGACAGUGAGCGAGUUAAACAAACGCACGCGAGUUAAUGAAUGUUCGCCACGGAAUAGAUCCGCAAUAUAACGGGACAGUGACUGAAAGUGCCCCUUUGAUUCCGGGAAUAGGGGAUCGUUUCAUACGGAUUUCCAUUUCGAGAAUAAAGGAACGCUCCCUGCCGAACUGCGGGAUAAUCAGUUAAACAAUUGGUUAUAAAUGGUAUGUCAACACUGAUAUUUCAUCUGUAGCAUAAUCGAGAGGACUUGAAAGAGAACUGCUCCGUAUUUGUCCGACACAACUCCCCGAACAGUCUCCGUCGCGACAGAAGUGGACGACACAAUGCCAACAACCGUUAAUCACACAGCCCACCAACAGAGCAGUGCGGCCAACAGUCACAACGGCGAUCAUAUCAAACGACCCAUGAACGCCUUCAUGGUUUGGUCAAGGGGACAGCGGCGCAAGAUGGCUCAGGACAAUCCAAAGAUGCACAACUCCGAAAUAUCAAAGCGAUUGGGAGCUGAGUGGAAACUGUUAUCAGAAUCAGAAAAACGUCCAUUUAUAGACGAGGCGAAGCGCUUGAGAGCCUUGCACAUGAAGGAACACCCCGACUACAAGUAUCGACCUAGGCGGAAGCCCAAGACACUAAAUAAGUCACCCGUACCAGGUGGACACAACAACAACAACAGCAUAAAUGCGAGUAACAGCAAUGGACAAAGCCACGGCGAAUCACAUGUCGGUGGAGCAAACGGCCUGUUACACAACCACCAGCGAACUAGCCAUCAGGGUGGAUUGCCAACACCUUCAACCAUCGUUGCGCAGAAGUAUUCCUUCGGAUCACCUUUAGAACUAACUUUAAAUAUGCCCCCACGACUUUCAAACGCCUUUCCCGCCGCUCUCUCACACUACCCCCUGGACCCAACAAUUGCCCUCGACUUGCAGGCCCGUCUUCAGGCGAUGUACGCUGGCAGUUUGUACCACCCAUGGCGCUAUUUCGGAUGCACGCCCCUCAUCAGCCCAGAAACGCCACCCUCUCCGCCCAGCAGCAACAGCACCGGGGUAUCCUCGUUCGGCUGCAUCAAGUCCGCGAAAUCGUCACCCACAUUAGCAAUGGCCACGACGCAAGCGUCUGGUAAUAUCAUUUGACCAACUCCAUUGCGUUUUGGUGCUGCCGAACCUGCCGUCUAAGCCAAAAGCAUUAAUCAUUUCUACUCGCUUGUCCAAUGCACAUCUGUGGCAAGCCCGGGAAAUGUGUUUCCGAACGCUGAAAACUUUUUUCAGACCCAGUCCCUCUUCUAAUUUUCGGUAUAUUUUGAAAAAUGCAUGCUGCACGAAUCUUUUCUAUCGCAAUUUCAUGUCGGAUGACUUCAACUGUCACCUGUCAACUAUGAAUUGUCUGUUCAUUAAAAUAGUUCCCAUUAACGCUGAACCAGUUGACACUUGGACAUGGACAGAGUCGUUCGAUUCCAGCGAUACUGAGCAACGCCAUCCCUCCAUAUUUACUAACGACUGGCUCUGAAGAAUCAUUUCAGAUAUAUGUGUGUAUUUUUGCGACAACAUUUAAUCCUUGAAUGCCGUCGAACGUAAUGCGUGCGCCGACUAUCGUGGAAGUAAUGCUCCCGCGGAAGAACGGCUAUCAUUCUCUAACUAGAAUAGUAAAAACUUCCGUUGGAUAUAACAGCCAUAUGGACGACGUUUUGAACUAACGCUGUGCAAGCAAGCGUCGUUCGGCAAAUAUGAGUAACAAAUGUCGAGUGAAAAACUUCUUUGGGCACCAGUCAUUUCCCAUGGAAAGGCAGUGGUCGGUUAGUAUUAAGUGCACAUUGUGUAUGCAUGCAUCCAUACAUACACACACUAUCUGGUAUCGGAGAACACAUCGUCUAAUGUAUAUCCUAGGCGUGUAAAUUACGUAACGAUGCAUAUUUACAUUUGUAUAUAUUUUUGUGAUAAUGCCAGUAAAUAAAUUUUAAUCACCUUUUUGGUUUUCAAUGUUAAGAA